AUGGAGGCAAAGGUUAUGGGCUUGAUCGAGAAGUGCCUAGACAAGAAGGUGCUGGAGAUGCAGCUGAAGGUGCCCAAGGUACCGCAGAGCCAAGGCCUCAGCGCCCGCUCCGGGCGAUCUGACCGCUCUGGCCGCUCCGCGUGCUCUGCACGCACCUCGACCGAGACUGUGGUGAGCCAGCUCGAUCAGCCUGGGGUUCCGUCUCAUGUGGAGACGGACACAAGCGUGAAGGCGGAGCCUCAGCCGGAGGCCGUGACGAUGGCCGGCAAGCGUGCCCAAGCACAGAAGCUCUCUGAUGCUUCGCUGGGAAAGUUCGACGAUGACCAAUCGCGCCUGGCACACCUGGAGAUGCAGAAGAGUGCUGCGGAGGCCCGCAACAAGAACCGUUCCUCCCUGUGCUUUGGCUACGAGCCACCUUCGCGCACCGACGAGGCCGCAAAGGUGGAGACCAUGGCCGGCAAGCGUGCUCAGGCUCAGAAGCUCUCAGACGCUUCUCUGGGUAAGUUUGAUGCCGACCAGUCCCGCCUUGCGUACCUGGAGAUGCAGAAGAGCGCCGAGGAGGUGCGCAACAAGAACCGCUCCGCCAACGCCUUCCAGAAGGCCGAGGCUCCCAAGUACCCUGCCCUGCUGCGCGAGGUUGAGGGACUGGCAGAGAAGAAGGGGGCGACGGAGACAUCCAUGGCUGGCAAGCGAGCAAAGGCCCAGAAGGUCUCCGAAGCCAAACUCGGAAAGUUUGAUGCUGACAAGUCCUUGGAUGCAUACCUGGACAUGCAAAAGAGUGCUGAAGAGCUGCGCAACAAGCACCGCGUCGGGCAGGGUGUGUUCUGA